AUGACCAAGGCCACCAUGACCAGUGACACCAUAAACAGAGACAUCGGGGACAGGGACACCGGGGUGAGCAGGGUCAGCAGGGCCAGGGACACCAUGGCCAAAGCCGCCAUGACCAGUGACAUUGGGGACAGGGACACUGGAGUGAGCAGGGACACCGGGGCCAGGGACACUGUGGCCAAGGACAACUGGGCCUGGCUGGAGGAGCAGGCGCAGCGGCAGGGCUGGAGCAAAGCCACUGAAGUGGGGGGCCGCCGGACACCCGAGGGGCUGGUGGGGUUGCUGCGGGAAGGGACGGCAGCCGUCAUGGUGGAGGUGAACUGUGAGACGGAUUUUGUAGCCAGAAAUGCCGAAUUCCAGCGGUUGGUGGAGCAAGUGGCGCUGGGCACCAUGGCCCACUGCCGCGCCGCCGCCACGCUGCCCGCCUCCUGCAGCAAGCACUUGCUGCAGCCGGAUGAACUAGCCCAGCUCCGGACAGAGUCUGGGGGGGCUCUGCUCAGCAACCACCUCGCGCUGGCUAUAGGGAAAUUAGGUGAAAACCUGACCCUGCGCCGCGCUGCUUGGCUGAGGGUGCCGGAGGAGGACGGUUACAUCGCCGCUUACGCCCACGGGUGGCUGCCGGUGCAGGCACCGGUGGCCAUGGGGACGUACGGGGCGUUGGUGGCCUGUCAGGUGACGGAACCGCGUCCCUCGGUGACGGUCCUGGAGGAGGUGGGACGGAAAGUGGCCCAGCACGUGGUGGGGAUGGCACCCACCGCCGUGGGGACCCCCCAGGACGAACCCCAGGGGGAGGCAGAGACGCGGCUGUUGGCGCAGAGUUUCCUGCUGGAGCCCGCUCUCACCGUGGGGCAGUUCCUGGCGGCACGGGGGGCACUGGCCGUGCGGGACUUCCUGCGCUUCCGCUGCGGCGAGGAGACCCCCGCUCAGGAGGGGUAGAGUUUGGGGGGGGGGCACAGCCCCAUAGCGAGCUUGGCCCCACAGCGAGUUCAGCCCCGCAUCCCUGGGGCAGGAUCCAGCCACACAGCAAACUCAGCCCUGUCUCCCUGGGGCAGGAUUGGCCCCGCAGCGAGCUCGGCCCCGCAGCGAGCUCAGCUCCACACCUCUGAGGCAGGAUCCAGCCCCACAGCAAACUCAGCCCCACGCAAGCUCAGCCCCACACCCCUGGGGCAGGAUUGGCCCCUCAGUGAGUUCAGUCCCACACCCUGGAUCCAGAGCAGCCCCAUAGCAAGCUCGGC